AUUCCUCUCAGCUACACGUGUGAAAGCAAGGGUAAGAUAAGCUAAAGUGGAAAUACGUAGGUGUUUAUUAGAAGGACAUUUAAACCACUUCGUUGGCUGAUAUCUGGAUUUACUGUUUUCUACUCACCAGGAUCUACCAUGGGGAAGUCCAGACAAACAGGAAACCACAAAAGUGACAAAAAGAAGAACAUUGCAAGAACAUGGAAGACGAAACACAAGACUAAAGACCUGGACCAGAUCCACUCAGACAUGAAGCCCGAGACAGCAGCCAAGCUGCUCCAUCAGGAGGUGGACUUGGAUGUGACAGGAUGUGCUCAACACUACUGCUUACACUGCGCGAGGUAUUUCGUGGAUCUGAGAUCCUUGAAAGAGCACCUCAAAACUAAAGUGCACAAAAGACGGCUGAAACAGCUCAGAGAGGCGCCCUACACACAGGAGGAGGCAGAGAGAGCAGCGGGGAUGGGCUCCUACAUUACUCCACAAAAAGUUGAAGUGAAGUCACAGACUGUGGAAGAGGACAUGGACUGAGAGCUGCUUACGUGAACCCAGGGACGGAUCAUUUUAAUUACAGAAGCAUUUACAGAAUUGAUAAUGCUGAUAUUAUCUUUUGCUGUCACAAAUAUUGAGUGCAUUGUUAAAUGAUUUUUUUGUUACACACUUCAUGUGUCUGACUCUUUACAGCUGUUAGACAUCUGGAUAUCCACAGAAACAGGAAAAGCAACAUGUGCCUAUGUAAAUAUUGAGUAUUUGUGGAAUACUAAUAAACUAUAACAUAGUGUA